AUGCCAAGCAAAGGGAUUUCAGUCUACAGCUACAUCUCCCCCGCCGUCGAGGGCUACGAGGUGGGGUUCUCCAUCCCGGGAGAGGAUGUCCUGCACACGCCGGCCCAGAAUUUCACUCCGCGCCGCUUGGAACUCGACUCCGCCAACAUCCCCGGGGCGGACAACUUUACCGGUCGGUGUGAAUGGAAGGUCUUCCGCUACGGGGAAGUCGUCGCCAGCGCCUACAAUGACAUCAAUACCCUGACAGGCAAGCUCACCGGCGGGGAGAUGGUGUCCACCCAGGACUUCCACCCCAUCGUGCUGGAGGAUGCCAUCAUCACGUAUGGCUUCUACAACGCAGGGCGCGGGGAGGUCGGCCUGACGAAGCGGGACCAGUGCUACGUGACCAUCUGCUCGUCGGGCAACCGCGCCUGGAUGGGCGAUCUGGCUCCGGUCGGAUCCAUGGAGGCGCAAAAGCCCUUUUCCCGCUUCGCCCUCGCGGCCCCGCACGACAACGGGAUGAACAGCAUGGACAGCUGCGACGCGGUGUUCCAGCAUCUGGACGGGGACAUGCUCGCAGCCGUGCGGGAGCUCGUGCCGAUGCUCGCCCACAUCCGGCACAUCCCCGACGGGUUCCUUAUGGAGAAGCUGCCGCACAUCGUCUACGGCCUGGCCAUCACUCAGAAGAAGGAGAUCGCCGUGAUGCUGAACAUGGGCGCCCGAUACUUCGAGUUCCGACCGGCCAAGCUCCUGCCCAUCUUCCAGAAGAUCUCCUCCCUCCCAGACACGUAUUACUUCCAGCAUGCGUGUAUCCCGGGGCUGGCCUUCGACGCCUUCCUCCGCGCACAGGUGGCGUUCCUGGAUGAGAACCCCACCGAGAUCGUGACCGUCCAUAUCCGGUGGGACAACAUCGUGGCCGAAUGCGAGCGACCCACCGAGGAGCAGAUCGGGGAGCUGCUGACCGAGGCGUGUGCCACGACCGCCGUGCAGCCGCUGACCUGGGGCGGCCGUGAGUGUUUCAGCCAGCCGAUCGACGAGCUCCGGAGCACUGGCAAGCGACUGAUUUGUGUGAUCGAGGCGGACAAGUACGACAGCUGGACGGCGGAGGCGUACGCGACGUUGAGUGCGGACUCGAUUCUCGCGCGGUUCGAGGGGAUGACCACCGAGGGGCAGGAGAGCAGUGACCUGACGGUGCUGCAGUGCCAGGCCACCUCGCAGUCCAUCAAGGAGGUGAUGCUCUAUAGCGUGGUGGAGGCGGGCGCGGUCUCGUCGUGUUUGACCUCGACCAAGGCCGCGUUGGAUACGCGGACCCUCCCGUGGAUUCGGGAGAACGCGCUGGAGCGACUGCAGGCGGAGCGGACGAUUGUGAUUAUGAACGACUUCAUCGAUGGGGCGACGACGGACACGUCGAUCUUGUUGUCAAAGCAGCGGCUGGCUUUGUAG